AUGGCCACCGCGCCACCUUUGGAGCCCGUAAUGACCUGCGCGGGGCUCGAUUUUCGCGUCACUCCCGCGCUCUCCGCUGUGGCCGAUAUUGCUCCGAAAGGAAAUGAUAAAUCAUUUCUACAUCGCUUUGUUCAAGCUCUUUCUGGCAGGUUUUCUCUUAAAGAUCUUGGUGAUCUUCAUUACUUUCUAGGGGUUGAAGUUAUACCAACAACGCAAGGCUUAUUUCUCACGCAACAUAAAUACAUAAGAGAUAUCCUUGAUAGAACUAAAAUGCUUGGUGCUAAAGAUGUUGCUACUCCAUUGUCGACUUGUAGCUCGCUAUCUCGUCAUGAUGGCUUUCCUCCAACAAAUGCUACUGAGUAUCAGAAAGUUGUUGGUGCUCUCCAAUAUCUGUCCAUCACAAGGCCCGACAUAGCUUUUACCGUAAACAAAUUAUCUCAAUUCAUGCAUCAACCGUCGGCACUUCAUUGGAUUGCAGUCAAAUGCAUUCUUCGAUAUCUCAAAGUCACUAUCUAUCAUGGACUGCACUUAAAGUGCCACUCUAAUUUACUACUACAUGCUUUCUCUGAUGCUGACUGGGUUGGUGAUAAAGAUGAUCGUACAUCCACCUCUGCGUACAUUGUAUUCCGUGGCACUAAUCCUAUUUCUUGGAGCUCACGAAAGUAG